AAUGGCAGCUGUGCGCGCUCGUUGUGCUCAUUGUCUACGCGAUUCCGUUAUCCGUUGAAUUUUUUCAUUGCAUUACGAAUGGCAGACAUAAAGUGAAAAGAAGAAGGAAAAGUGUUUAAUUCUAUUAAAAUUGGACUAAUAAGAGGAAAACAUUAUUUAAAUGAUGGUAGUAAUUCUACUCUUUCCGAAAAAUGCGAAAAAUUAGUAUAAUAAUAUAUUUUGCAGUGUAUAAACAAAUGUUGAAAACGCUGCGAAUUCGUCCGCUAAUUUUUUCUGAAAAGGAUAUAGUAAAAUAUUCAUAUGGGGAAUGUGUUGUCUGCAAAAGUUUCCAAAUAGUGAAUUACAACAGUGUUUUGCGACUAAAAAAGCAAAAGUUAUGUGAUUUAACUUAUUAGUGUUUUGAAAAAUGAGAAUAGGGUGCAAAAUUUGAAAUGUAUAGUGUUUUACUGUCUGACUGGGGGAAAUUCAGUUUAGCGGAUUAACUUCUUAAUUUGAUAUCAGACGCUUUGGAUACACAAUGUACAUAUGCUUUCGCUUCAAAGGACGAGAUAUUUCGCUUUAUUUGAUGUGCGAAAUGUGCGUACUUGUGUGCAAUCAUAAAGCACAAAACACUAACAACAUAUAACAACGGAUUCGCCAAAACAAUCAAACAAUUGGCAUCAUAGACGACGAGAAAAACAUAGCAAGAAUUAAUGAUCAAUUUCAUUUUACGAUAACAAUAGAGCAAAGAACAACAAUAACAACAGCGGCAAAAGCAUGAAAAUAAACACGCGAACAACAGCAGCAGAACAGCAACGAAACCAAAACGAUUCCAUCAAGUGAUCUGAACUGAACGAAAAAGUCGAACAAAUAAUAAAAACAAAAAAAAAAAAAACGUAAAGCACGAAAAUAUAAAAAUAAUAAUAAUAAAAAAGCAGUGUCUAAAAAAUUAAAAACAUUUGCGCUGAAGAAAGCAUUCGAGUGAAGAAAAAGCGGAAAAAAAUAAUAAAAAUAAUCUAACAUAAAAGUAAUUAUUAAAAAGCUGAAGCAACACCAUAAAAAAGCGAGUGCAAACAUCCAAUACAGGCAGUCAAUCAAAGACAAAAAUAUAAAAAUGUGGAAAUGUCAAAAUAAUUCAAAUAAUUCGGCGCAGCUUUUAAUGCGCUGCAUUUUUAGAGCAGAUAUAAGCGGUUGAGCUCCCAUCAUACGCCCGCUGAUGGUGCUCCCUGACAAUUUGGCUCAAAACAUAUUUGGUUGUACUCAUGUACAACAACAACAUUAUUAAAUGUACACUAACAACAUUUAUAGCACACGCAAUUUCUGGAUGAUAUAAUAUUUUUAUCGGUGAAAAAAAAUCUGCCAAUGACAAAAUUAAGCGGCGCCACAAAUUAAUAAAGAGAAACCACAACACAAGUAAUAAUAACCAAGUGCUAGCAAUUAGCGGCAAUUAACGUAAUUGCUUAAAAUUGUCAAAACAUUCUUGAGCGCUAGAAAUAGUUCUAGAAAUAGUUGAAAAAAAUAAUAUCCGAAAAGUGUUGCCUCAGUGUUUUUACUUUGGGGUUAAGUGAUUUUUUUUUGUGAAGCAAAUAUAGUGUUUUUUCAUCACGAUGGAUUUGAGUUUAGAACGCGAUAGCAGCACUGUACUGGGCAGUCUCUUCCAGCAGAUCAUCAAUGAUUUGAAGAACACAUCGCCGCUAUGGGAAGACUUUGUUACCAAGGCCACGAAAUUGCAUCAAUGUUUACGUGCCGCCAUUCAGGCAAUCGCCGCGUAUUUGGAUGCGUUCCAAAAAAUCGCAGACGCAGCAACAAAUUCAAGAGGAGCUUCCAAAGAAAUUGGCACCGCCUUGACACGGGUCUGUCUACGACACAAAGCGGUCGAAUCACGCCUGAAGACUUUCACAACAGCAAUAAUGGACUGCCUUGUACAGCCAUUGCAAGAAAAACUAGAAGACUGGAAGCGCACAGUGAUCACCAUCGACAAGGAACAUGCCAAAGAGUAUAAACGUUGUCGCACCGAACUGAAGAAGUGUUCCAGCGACACGUUGCGACUGCAGAAGAAAGCACGUAAAGGUCAAUCGGAUACUAUACAAUCGCUUAUGGAUUCGCAUAAGCACGAUGUGACACAGCGACGCGCCGAACUGGAGGAGGUGGAAAAGAAAUCGCUGCGUUCAGCCAUGAUCGAGGAGCGUUUGCGCUAUUGCAGUUUUGUACAUAUGUUGCAGCCAGUCGUCAAGGAAGAAUGUGAAGUCAUGUCAGAGCUGGGACAUUUGCAAGAAGCUAUGGAUUCGAUCGCCAUCGUCACGAAAGAGCCCAGCGUUUUGCCACAAGCCUCCGAGGAGCUAAUACAUGACACCAAAGCCACGAUGUCGCUAUAUCCCGAAUCGCCGGGUGGCGGUUCGAGCUCGCAAGGUGGCUGCUCAAAUUCGCUGGGUUCUCGCAAAAGUUCCGUUUGUUCCAUUAGCUCCAUGAAUAGCAGUGGCUCAAGCAACUCACCGGGACAUCAUCACUAUCCACGUUCGCUAUCGCAGUUAAUUUCGCCUGCAAUACGCUUGAAACCUGGUGAAUCCAGUGAUAGUGGCUUUUGCUCAUCGCCAGCGCUAACCACACAGGCUUCUACUGCCACUAGUCAAUCACAUGCUGUUUCCACUUGGCCACCACAUUCCCAGGAUGCUGUACCAGUGUUGCCACCUGCCGCCGAUCGUCCACACACCAUCUCCACCGCCUACGAGAAGGGCCAUCAACGGCCACCGCUAACCGUUUACACCUUUCAGAAUCCGGAGACCAUACUGGAGGGUAGUGGCGGCAGCGGCAGCAUACCGGGCACACCGAAUGGCACCAGUGGCGGUGCAGGGUCCGGCGCUAAUACACCAUCUACACAAAAAUCGCCCGCUGGUGCAUUGAGUCGCCCACCUUUGCCAGUGCGUUGCUCCUCGUUGGAACGUCCAAUUCCGGCCAACAAUAAUCGCGGCACCAACAAUCUCUUACAACGUCAAUGCCCCUCGCCCAUACCGGCUCAUAUAACGAAAGAGCUCUCAGCGCAUCACGCACAGCAACAACACAUGCAACAGCAACAGCAGCAGCAACAACAAUUGCAACAACAUCAUCAACAGCAUUUGCAGUCAUCAUCGCCGCCACCCACUUACGUCAAUAUGUCUGAGCUGGCCAAUAUGGCGGCAGCAAAAAAUACUAACCAACAACAACAGCGACCAGUCGGUGGCUUGCAACAACAGCAUUCGAUCGAUUCGAUUUCCUCACAGUUCUCUAACGAUUCGACUGCAUCGGGUCAACAACAACAUGCAAGUGUUUUGGCCUGCAACAACAACAGCAGCGGCAGUAAAACACGUUCACAUUCCGUUUCCUCGUCGUCUGCGUCCUCAAACACACCCUCCCUGCAUUCGCAUCCCUCCAUCGAGUCGGGCACGAUAGCCACACCGCUUGUUGGCCAAACACCGACACCAUCGAGCGGCAGCUCAACACCACAAAACCACUAUUCACCACUGCUCACGAAUUCGCCGUCAUCAACGGCUGCCGGUACACCCAGUGGCGGAAGCGUGACGAGCGGUAUGUUGAGCGGCUUCGUAUACAAUGUCAAUUCACCGACUCCACCACAAAGUGGCACCGCUUCAGUCGAUAGCGAUGUGUUGAAGAUCACCGAACCGGAUGCUGCUCAACCCACACACGUAACUGAUAUACAACAGCAGCAACAACAAACAAAUAGCAAUAACAACACUAUGAAUAAUGCUACAUGCUUAGAGUCCCAAACCACGCCCACCGAAUUGUCCGAGCAACCCUAUAAUACAAAUGCAACAGCAAACGAUACAGAAUCCCCAACUAUUGUAGAGAAUGACGAACGUUCACGUGCCUCCGUGUUGCAGAAGGCUUCGAUGUUCGAGAAGCAAGCGCAAGCCGCCGCUGCAGCCGCAUCCACCGCUACGGUUACACCAGGACGUGCCAACGUUGAGGCUAUCUAUGGCACACGUCGAAAUCCGGAUGAAGUUUAUCGAGCGACCAGCACCAGCACCGGUGGCAACCACUAUCAACAGCCGACGCAACCGCUACAACAACCGCACACGGAGCAGCUGGAAGUGGAUAAAAGUUUUGAAGACUCGAUUCAAGAAUUAAAUAAUUUAAUUGGCGAAUUAGACUCGUUUCAACGCGAGAUCGAUGAAAGCAAGCGUGCAGCAAUAACCACAACAGCGGCGGUGACAACACAAGCAACAACGCACACAACAACAACAGCGGAUGAUGACACUGUGGGUGAUAAUUGCGGCGAUCGUCCCUUCCCUGUGAACGACAUACGCAGCGGUGCCAACAGCAAUGAUAUGAGUAGCACAGCAAACACAGUGACAGAAGCGGAGCGCGUCGACACAACAACACCACUAACCGUUAUUUGCCCACCGCGUCCACCCAAGUCACCACAAUGCGCCAGCAAUCAGACGAGCGGUUGCGGUACUGAUCUCUCCGACGCCGCCUCCGAUGAUGUUGCGGCAGAUGUCGGCUCGCUGACGAGUAUAAAUAACAAUCACAACAAUAAUAACAACACAAAGGGUAGCAAUAACAACGAACACAACACGAGCAUUAGUAGUCGCGAGAGUUGUGCCACGGGUCAUGACAAUAACGGACGCUCAUUGAUGCAACAAUACAAUUCCGAUUCGGAGCUGAGUCGUUGCUAUGUAAGCGAAACGAGUUCGCUGGCGGGUGGCUACGAGAAUCCCACGUUCGCGCACUUCGCCACAGCGGUGUCCUCAUCGUCGAUAGCCGCCUCAUCGGGCGUGGAUGAGCCCGCCGAUGUGGCCAGCGUUAUCGGCGAUAAUCGCUCGUUGAUGGCAGUGUCAUCGACAACGACGGCCGACGAUUGCGCAUCGCACACCUCCGAGACGUACCACCAAAUGACGCAACAGGAUAACGGUAGUGAUGGCGGCAGUAAUGUCGUUGUGAUCUAUGAUCAUCAGAUCCCCAUCACGCCGGACAUUGACUAUGUCAAGCAGAAUUCCGAGAUUGUCGUGCUGCGCACAAAGGAUCCACUGCAACAGCAGUUGGGACGACAAGAAAUGCGCGAAUUGACACAAUUGCCGACGAGUAUGUGUACGCCACACGACGGGCUGGCCGCACCAGGUGCCGGCAUGAUGUCCGUGCUGGCCUUGUCGUCGUCGUCGUUGUCGUGUUUGGGACCGACCUCGCCACCGCACACCGCAACCGUAGCGCCUGCCAAACAGCGACUCUCCUCGUUCCGCGCAUCCAGCGAACAACAACUGCAGCUGCUCGGUUGUGGCGGCGACAACAACAAUAGCGGCAGUGAACUAUCACUGCUGCGUGCGCCGCAUCAUCACCAGCAAUACGCACACGCAGGUACGCCACUAGCACAAGCGCAAGCCGAGUGCAAGGAAGGUAGUAGAAGGGUGGCAACACCAACAAAUGCACACAACACGCACCACGCAGAUACCAUAAUACGCCGCAAAGCGGUGAUACCGCCCAAACCGAGUUUGAGCAUAUUCAAUGGCCAAGCGACGGCCGACAAUUUGUUGUUAGAGGCUAACGCAAACGUGCGUAAGAGUAGUAGUAGUAAUAGUUGUAGAGGUAGUUGUGAGGCGAUGGGGGAGCGUUCCACCCCACCGCCGCCACCGCUUUUGACGAAGGCCAAUUUCAAGGCCGAUUUAGAUGCGAAAAUACGCAAACAGAAGUUGAAGUUGCAAUUGCAGCAUGAACAGCAACAACAUCACGAGUUGUUGCAGCAGAAACAACAACUGUUGCAGGAGCAACAACACCUACAACAACAUCAGUCACCACAGUCAACCGCCAACAACACGAAUAGUACAAUAUACCUCAGUAAUCACAACAACCACAAUAACCACCAUCAUAAUAAUUCCAACAACACCAAUAACAUCACCACCACAACAACAACCACCAACGGCGGCGCUGUUGGCAAUGGUCUUGGCAAUCGCAGUAGCAGUAACGUCCCGAGCAGCAACACCAACAGCAAUAACAAUAAUUGUAAUGCAAUUAGCUUAAAUAAGCGCAACAGUUGUAGUAACUCUAUUCCAAAUGCAACACCUACAAAAACUACAACUGCAUCUGCAUCCGCAUCCCCUUCAUCUGCAUCAUCAUCAAAUCAUUUGGCUUUUGUAGUGAAAGCUGCAUCAUCCCAACACACAAACGCAUCCGCAUCAUCCUCAUUAGCAGGGCCAUCACAGCUUGUCUAUCAAAAUGGUACUAAAAGUAGUAGUAAUAAUAAUAAUAAUAGUAGUAGAAAUGCAACAGCAUCUUCUGCAUCAUCUACAUAUCCUAAAACAGCUAGUAAACAAACCCAUUCUAAUCGUACUCAUUAUCAAUUUCAUGCGCUGAAAACACACAACAACAACCACAUGUACAACAAAAUUCAUACCACCAACAACAUUAAUGCUAAAACACGCCCCAAACGCUCUGCCUCCAUGUCAUCUACACAAAAAUCAUCAAACCCACGUCGUGCUUCAUCUCCAUCUCCAUCACGAUUACGUUCCACUUUAACAUCAUCAUCAUCAUCACGUUCGUCAUUAUUAUCAUGCACGCCUGCUAUACGCUCGUCAUCUGAUCGCCUGGUGAAAUGUCCACCAACGCCACCAUUACCAUUGCGUUUGGAUAAACAAAAAUCACAACAACAUAUACAUCAACAAACCAAAAACCACACGGCAUUGUCAACAACAAAAACAUCAUCAUUAUCAUCAUCGUUAUCGUCAUCCCCAUCAUCCGUGUCUGUCUCCACCUGUGCCUAUGCGUGUUCUUCUUCUACUUGUGCGUCCGCACCACCACCUCAAUCGCAACCACCAACAACUCCACCCAUUCACACCAAACAAUCAGCAGCUUCUGCCACGUCGGUCUCGUCUGCAUCCGCAUCCGCAUCCAAUUCCAACAUAAAUUCCGCCAACGCCAAACCGAAUAUCACGCCGAGACCGGCUUCAUUGUCGGGAGGCGUAACACGAAUAGCGCGUCGCUCAUCAAUAAAUACCGCCAAGCCACCGCCGCCAGUGCGUCGCAGCUCAUCGGUGACGCCGAAUGCCACCGGCACGGCGGCUACACAAUCGCCACAGCAAAAUCUACAACAGCAGCAACAACACUAUCAACAUCCGCAACAACUCCAUCAUCUUCAUCCUCAUGCCAAUCCGCAGCCAUCGCCAGCAACGACAUCAAUACAAAAUUCCUCCCUCUACGAUACCGUUGAUACUCUGCCACCCCCACCCGCUUAUCUGCUAGACUCAAGACAAGCACAAACAUCGACUCCUACGCCACCACCGCCAUCGGCUAUUUCCGCUACAGCAAUACCGAGCUCCUCCUUGAAGGUUGCCGAAACGGUGAAAGCGUUGUCGGCUAUGCGUCACAAACCCGCUUCACCGAAUGCGAUACGUCAUAUGCAACAGCAACAACAUCAUACGCAACAACAGCAAUCACAUCAGUCGUUGCAGUUUUCACCAACACAAACACCAACACCGCCAGCACUAUCACCAACACCAAUGCAACAACAACAACAACAAAAUAUUUACUCAACCACCGUUAAGACAUUUUCCUCUACCGCUUUGUUGCUGCCCGACUGCGACACUGAACAGACGCUCCACUACGAUGCCUAUUCGUACUACAAUCCCUAUAUGGAGGUCAGAACCAGCACCACCCAACUGACCUCCGCUAAAAUGCCGCUUACUACUAAUGCUAAUAUAGCUAAUCAUGCUAAUAAUGCCGCUAAUGAUGCAGCUUAUCAAACUUUGCCUAUAACACCAACUAUUUAUUACUAUGAUGCCGUUACCACGCAGCCAACAACACCAACGAAAUCACAACAGUUGCAGGACAUUUAUGGUGUGAAUACCACGCUUCGUAUUACACCCAAUAAUAAGACAAACACACAGCCGGUGUCACCAUCAUAUACCUCACCGCCACCAUAUGAUUUCCAACAUAGUAAAAUAGAGUUGCCACCACCAUUACCGCCACCCAAUCCCAAUCAACAACGUUCGAUUAAGCAGCAGCAACAACAACAGUUGCAACAAAAACAAUUUGCUGAUCAUCAAUACAAUGCACUAGCUACAGCCACCACACAGCAACCACAACAAUAUCAACACAACAACAACAACAACCACAAUCAAUUACAACAAAAACGCCAACAUGAACAGAUAUAUGAUUAUUUGCCGUCACACCAUCAGCACCAGCACCCGCACUCCCCCAAGCCACAGCAUAAUAAAGCGCAGCAACUGCAAUCAUCGCUACUCCAACAACAACAACAGCAGUUAGCACAUCAUUUCGAUGCUCUGACGCUCGAUCAUGAGGAUGAGGCGUCCCAUGUAUAUAGCGACAACGCCUCAUUCCGCACAUCAUCGCCUGGCAUUUAUGCGCAACCGAAAAUAGUCACAAGCAUGUCGAGUUUCCGUUCGGCCAGUCCCGCACCGACGACGAAUGAUCAUCAUCAUCACGUCAUACCACCGACACAACCGAAAACCAAUCCGAAUUUGAUUGCACAGCUGAAUGCGCGCUUGAGCAAACAAAAUCUGCAGCAGCACACCGGUGAAGGUAUUUAUGGUUCCACACCGAACUCACCAAAUCAUCAUCACAAUAUGCAUCAACAACAGCAUCAGCACCAGCACCACCAAAGUGAGCCAGUUUAUAUGCGGAACUAUACGCACCCACACCAUCAGCAGACGCAACAGCAGUUGCCAUCAGUCGCCACCGGUUCAAUGCACCAGCAGCAAAACUAUGACGCUGCGCAGACGCCAAAACAUCAAUCGUCCUACGCACAUACCGGUGGUGCCGCUAGACAGCAGCAACAACAACAACAGCAGUCGCACCAUGCACAUCAUCGCGAGCCACAUACACAUAGCUGUCCGCCGCCGCUUGAAAAUCCACCACCGCCACCCACCAAUUCAUCCAUUUACGCUGCCACUGCCAAUGCCACCGCGACCAUGCCCAAAAAUGCUACACGCUCCGGCGCAGGCGCCACUUAUGCGCCGCCCACCGCCACCAUGACAUUGCCUAAGAAUCUCGCACAACAGCGUUUACAGCAGCAACAACACUAUCAGCAACAGCAGCAACACCAACAACAACACUACCAACAGCAACAAUAUCAACAUUCUACCGCCACCGGCGGCAGCGCAGCCGCUCAGCAACACCAGCAGCAGCAGCAGACGGCUACUGUUAAUCAGCGCGCACAGAUGCCAUUGCCACACCAUCAGCAGCAGCAACAACAACUGUCAUAUAAACAAAAGUCGGCCACAUUACAAAGUAACCACCGCCAACCGCCCAUACCGUCGCGCCACUCGAGCGUACAGCAAAAGAUAUUCGUGGCCACCAAUCCGUUCAUUCAAACCACCACCAUUCACUGCCAUUCGCCGGCGUCGGUGCAUUCGCAACCGGCUUCACCCACCUGUUCGUCGCCGUCGUCGUUGGCAAGCAUUUAUGGCACCAGUUCGCGCAGUCAUCAUCACCAUCAGCAGCAACAACAACACCAACAUCAUGGCAGUGGCAGCAGCGUUGGCGGCGGCGGCGCAGCCGGCAAUGGUUACUAUGCCGCCCCGCACAAUUCAACGAGUUACGCCAGCUCAAACAUUGAGAAAGCCGGCAGCAUACGCUCGAAAACCAAAGCUGAAUUUCUCGAGAAUCUCAAUGCAAAGCUGGCCAAACAGGGCCUCUCUGGACGCGCGUUCGCUGUGCGCAAUCUAAUCAAUAGUAAAGCAUUGCCCGAUCCUCGCAUUUGCCAUGAAUCGUUAAUGGAUCAAAUUAAGCGUGGCGCUACGCUGAAGCGAAAUCAGAAAAUCAACGAUCGCAGUGCACCGAAGAUACACUAGAGCGCUUAAACUAAAUACGAGUGAAAUGCAACCAAACGUGAGUCCCUAAUAAAAACUCAAUAAUAAUGUUGAAAAUACAGGCGACAGUGCAGGGGUAGUGUAGAAGAAGUACGCAACUUCUUAUUUUUCUCUGUAUUUGUCUCUGGCCAGCGCUUUGAGGCCCAUAACAAACACAUUUAGACUGUUGUUGCCGACGCUAAUGAGGAAUUACGAAUAAUUAUUAAAUUAAAUACAUACUUAUAUACAUAACAUAAACAUAAAUGAAAAAUAUACUAUAUAAAUACAAUACAUAUUGCAGUUAGAUGUAAGCGAAAGAAAAAAGAAGAAAAAUAAUUUAAAAAGGGAAUACAAGAAAAUAUAUACCAUAUAUGAAAUAUGAAGAAGCGUUGAAAACUCUACAUGCGAAAUAAGCGUGAAUUAAUGAAACUGUUCCAUAUCCACAUUCAUAUUGAUUUCGAAAAUAUAUAAUAUAUAUCAACUAACAAUUAUCAUUUUUGACACAAAAUGUACUAGUUGCAUAUUUAUAGCUGUUUAUGUGUGCCGUUAUGUGCGUUCUGCUUUGCAAAAGUGUAUCUUUUUAGCUUCUUGAAGACGCUCUUCGACUGUUUUGUUUGACCAAAGUGUGUAAUCUCAGGCUUUGAGACUCGCUAUUGCUUUUUACAACACGAACACACAUAUUCAACUAUAUUUAUGCAACACUGUAUGCGUUUGUGCGUUUGUUCAUAGAACGAAUUUUUAAUUACUCCUACCAUAUACUAUAUCACAAUGCAGUUACUGCUUUUAUUUUACAACAACAAUGUAAAAACGUAAUAAUAACAGUGAAUAUUUCAUUUUCUUUUUUAAUAUUUACUACAAUAAGUAUACCUAUACAUACAUACAUAUAGGCUUUUUCACAUAUACGUAGUAUAUUAUAAUAAAUAAAUCAAUACAUAUACACAAACAACCGUUUAAAUGAAAAUUAUAACAUUUUCACUAAAAGAAAGAGAACUCGAAUUUUUACCAAAAAUUAAACAACAAAAAAUAAUAAUAUAAAAUAUAAAAGCAUAAAAAUUGAAGCAUUAAAUGUAUGUGUAAGGCGGAAAAGCUUGAAAAAGGUACUUGUUUCAUAUUAAAAUGUUUUAUUUUUUGUUUUUGAUUUUGUAAAAUUUAACUAAGUUUCUUAUAACUUAAUUAUAUUACAUUAUACAUACUUAUAUAUGUCUACAUUUAUAAUUUCAAUAACUAUGAUUUAAUCUACGAAUGUAUAUAUCGUCUAUGCCGAAUUAAAAUCGAUAUUUUAACUAUUAAUGUAUUUACUGCUUAUUAAUUAUUAAUUUAUACAUAAACAUUAUUAUAUUAUAAUAUUUAAUUGAAUAAUAUAUUGAAAAAUAUGCUGAAUAAAGAAUUUAAUUGAA